AUGGAUCGACUUACCGAGGCGAGAAAACGACGACAAUCAUACCCAACACGAGAGCAGCGGCGUGCUUCAAAGCGUGGUCGGUACGAGGAAGAUGAGGACUGGACAGAAACUGAUAAAGCUGUUUUGAGUUAUCCGUACAUAUCACAAGAAGAAGAACAGCAGAUUCUGCUGGCAUCGAACGAUUCCGCCUCAGCGUAUGCGCAAAAUCUUGCCAAGGUCUUGUUCGCGGACACACUUGACCUCUAUUUCAAAGAUCAAGAUCCGGCUAAGCGACUGUGGAUUCACGAAGCCGUCGACUACCGUUUCCCUUCUGGCGAUCGUAAUGCACAUCACUUAAAAUGGAAGAACUGUUCGACAGCCAUCAAUAAAAAUAUGCGGAUUCCGAACGGGGACCCGCGAACAAGCCGAAGCAGAAAGAAGUCGAAUGUACGUAUCUGCCACGUGAAUACGAGGAGGAAUGUUACAGAUGCGAAGAAGAAAGACUGGCUUCGAGAAUGUAUCGAUCGGAGGUUUUACAUUGCUGACAAAUUCAAACGUGAUCAGCGCUGGAAAGUUUGUGCAGCUGCUUGCAAUCGGAAUCGCACUAAAAUUAUUGGAAAAGAUGGACAAGUCGAUGAAUUUCCAUACUUUCCGAAGGAACUUGAAGAAGCAGCCUUCCGUGAUUCUAACGGACUACCCUAUGUCUAUGCUGAAGCUAUGGCUAAACUACUCUUUCCCGAUACUCCUCACCUAUUUUUCAAAGAAAGCCUAUGGUAUACCAGUCAAAGUACUCAGGUGCACGACUAUCUGGAGGAAAGACGCUCCAAGGUGUCUGUAAUAGAUCAAGGAUCAUGGCAAAGUGUUUGGACUGCACGAGGUGUGGAUCGGCGCAUUCGCUUCGUCGAUAGUGCACCAUGUACGACAGGCUGCCAAACUCGUCCUGGAAUCAAGCCGUUGGCAGUUACGUCCAGUGCGAAAAGUUCAUCAGAGAAAAAGGACUCGAAGAAGGAUAAGGAGAAUAAGAAGAAGGACGAAGAGACGCCUGUCAACAACUCACAUAAGGAAAAAGAUAAGGACUCACAGAAAGAGGAGCCAGCCGAAACAGAACGAAGGAGAGCAGUAGAAUCAGUGCUCGAGCCAAAGGCCAUAGAGUGGGUGCAUGGAAGAGUUAUUGGAUCCAAGGAAAGACUUAUAUCGGUUGAAGCGGAUGAAGAAAAAAAGAUGCGUCACUGGCAAGUUUCUGAGAGAGCUGAGCCAUUCGAUUCAUAUCCGUUCAUGACUGAAGACGAGGAAAUUGAAUGCUAUGAGGCUGCCAAGAGGAAGGACGUCGAGCAAUAUGCGCGAGCAAUGGGACGCAUACUCUUCAAGGAUAACAUUAAGGCGUUGUAUAAGGACCAAGAAAAGGAUCGCUGUGAUUGGUUCGAGAGCAUUCUGCACUUUCGUUUCCCGACGUGGGGUGUUUUUGAGACGAAGUCCAAAGUUCGUGCAGCAAUUAGAGCGAUCAACAAGAACGCAACAAUGACUCGCUAA